UACCUAACCCUAAAUCGCUCUUUCCCUGUCCGUCCUCCUGUGUGCGGCGCCGCCGCUGCGCACAGGCCACAUCUCCUCGCCCUCCUCGACAUCUCCGGCCAAGGCGCUCACUUCUCCGGCCCCCCUCCACAUCUCCUCGCCUCCACCCCAUCCACUUCCUGUCGAAGACUGCGGCAACGGAGCUCGGCGGCUGCGGCCCUUCUCCAAGACUGCAGCAUGGUGCUCGGCGGCUGCGGCAACGGAGCUGAUGGAGCGCGAGCCGACCAGUUCAACGGAGGCAGUAGCACGGGGCAGCGGCAGCAGCAUGGAGGGCGUCCGCUUGACUGGAAAGAGAAUGUAUUUGUUGAUAGUGAGAGUGAGGAUAAUGAUGGGGUGAGUGAGGAUGGGGAAGAUGCUCCAUCCAUGCAUGAUCAGCAAGAGGCGCAAAUGCAAGUGGAAAAAGAGACACAAAUUCAAGUGGAAAAGGACGCACCUCCAAGAGAUGGCAAUUUGGAGACCCGUAGAUCUGUACGGCUUGUCAAGAAGAAGACCAAGGGCGUCAACAGCCUAUACCCUGUUGCUUAGAAAUCUGUUGGCAAGUCUCUUCUUUCUAGUGUUUUAUGAUUCAUGAUAAUUGCUUAGAAAUUUUUAGUUACUUGGAGCUGCUAGUUUCUUAGAUGUAUACACUUUCUAUCCAUGCCUAGCCUUCAUUGUCAUGUUAAGCAAUGUAUUUAUGUUAUCCUGAAAUGUUACCACUUGACUAUUGUUGCACUAGA